AUGAAGAAGGUGGUGGUGGUGGCGGCAGCAGUGACAACGGCUGCGACCGUUAUAGCAGUGGUGGCGGUAGUGAGGCAGUGGAAACAGAGGAGCCAGAGGUGGAAGCAGAGCCAACGCAUUGUCCGUAAAUUCGCUCGAGAGUGCGCAACACCCGUCCCACUGCUUUGGCAUGUGGCUUGUGACUUGGUGUCUGAUAUGCAGGCUGGCCUCGCUUCAAGUCAGACCAACCUCACCAUGCUUGUUUCCUAUCUUGCUUCUCUCCCCACCGGGGAUGAAAAAGGAGUAUACUAUGGAUUGAAUCUAAGGGGAACGAAUUUCUCCAUGUUGCGCGCACGACUUGCAGGAAAGAAUGAAGCAUUAUCUGAGUUACAGAGGGAGGAGGUAUUGAUUCCGUCUGAUGUCAUGGCUGGUGCUUCUAAGGAGUUGUUCAGCUAUAUUGCUGUAGAACUAGCAAAAUUUGUUUCAACAGCAGAUAAUGAGAAUACUAACAACGAUACAGAAGCAAGACAAAUAAGACUGGGAUUUACAAUAUUGUCCUUUCCAGUCGACCAAGUCACGGCGUCGUCUUCUGGCACUGCCAUUAAAUGGCCAAGUUUCUCCGUUGAUGACACGGUUGGGCAAGAACUGGUGAAUGAUAUCAACCAGGCUUUGGAGGAACAUGGUGUGGACAUGCUUGUUUUUGCAUUGGUUGAUGAUACUGUUGGGGAUUUGGCGGGAGGUAGAUACUACAACAAAGAGUGUGUGGCUGCAAUUACUCUGGGAAUGGGCACGAAUGCUGCUUAUUUAGAGCCAGAAGCACAAGCAGUUCCCAAAUGGCACGGCAGGUCACCCAAAUCAGGAGAAAUGGUCAUUGACAUGCAAUGGGGGAACUUCAAUUCCUCUUAUCUUCCAAAAACCGAAUUCGAUGCUUCUUUAGAUGCAGAAAGCUCAAACCCUGGCAGUAAGAUCUUCGAGAAGCUGGUUUCAGGAAUGUAUCUGGGAGAGAUUGUCAGGAGAGUCUUGCUGAAGAUGGCUCAGGAAACAGCUUUUUUUGGAGAUAGUGUGCCACCAAAACUUAGAAUUCCUUACUCCUUAAGGUCUCCUGAUAUGGCUGCCAUGCAUCAAGAUUCAUCAGAGGAUCGUGAUGUGGUUGAUGAGAAACUAAAAGAAAUAUUUGAGAUCACCAAUUCAAGUCCGAUGGUGAGAGAAGUGGUUGCAGAGGUCUGUGACAUUGUAGCAGAACGUGGAGCGCGUCUUGCAGGGGCUGGCAUAGUGGGGAUCAUAAAGAAGCUUGGAAGAAUCGGUAACAAGAGAAGUGUAGUGACAGUGGAAGGUGGGCUUUAUGAGCACUACAGAGUCUAUAGAAACUAUCUACACAGCAGUGUUUGGGAGAUGCUUGGAAAUCAACUCUCAGACAAUGUUAUUAUUGAGCCCUCUCAUGGUGGGUCAGGAGCUGGUGCUCUCUUUCUUGCUGCUUCGCAAACACAAAAUGCAGAUUCAUAG